AUGAAGAGCAACAAUAAAUUCUCCAGUGCACUUGUAUCCGUCGAGGCAGCAUGGGUUUGCGCAGCCGAGGUCGAUAUACAGCAGGAAGAAGAGGAGCGUGUGGAGCUACUGGAGAGACUGCGUAAGCAGAGCGUGAAGGAUAAGUAUGAGCUUGUCAGCGCUUCCACACGCCUGGACCAAGAGCUAAGGGAGCAGCAGUUGCAAUGGAAGAAGAAGACGGAGAUUCGACGGCUGCGCCAACUGCCUGAAAAUGAGCAGGAACUUGCAAUCAAGUUGGUUGAGACCAGCAGCAGCAAUAACAAGAAGAAGUGCAGCAUCUACGCCAUGGAGAACCUGAGGCUGACUAUGCUGAUGAAAGAUUCCACGCUACGACAACGAAUGAAAAGGAAAAAGGCUCGACCACGGAUUGUCCAAGAUAUGUUGACGUUGGAGCGCCGCUACGCUGCGGUGUGUUGCGUGAUGCGAUUCUAA